AUGGCAGUUGAGGGCUACCUCCAGCGAGAGGAUCAGGCCAAGCCAGAUGGACAAGCAGGUGAGGGCUGCUUGAAUGACGAGAAGCUCAGUACCGACAAGCCCAAUCAGAUAAACUAUGACACUCCUCGCGAAACCUUGAUAAUUGUCAUGCAGAGAGACGGCAGUCAACUGGGGUUUGCUUCUCCAGCUAUGCGCGCUGACAAGGAGGUGGUGCGCGCCGCGGUCUGUCAGGAUGGCCAUGCACUGCAGUACGCGUGCGCUGAGCUCCGGGAUGACUUAGAUGUCGUCAUGGAGGCCGUUCGACAGGAUGGCCAUGCCUUGGUGUUUGCCUCACCAGCGAAGAAGGCCAGCAAGGAGGUCGUGCUGGAGGCUGUGCGCCAGGACGGCCACUCCAUCGUUUUUGCCAACGAAGCCUUGCGGGCGGACAGAGACAUCGUGCUCGAAGCGGUCCAGCAGGACGGAUACACACUCAGCUAUGCUUCCCACGGGCUGCGAGCUGACUGCGAGGUGGUUAUUGAGGCAGUUAGAAGUACCGGCUAUGCCCUGCUUUUCGCCCACGAGAAGUUCCGCUCUGACAAGGUUCCUUGA